CUGCAAACUGUCACUGUGUGGAGGUGUGGUUUUCUUGAAUACAGCAGUAUAUUUUUAGUCCAGUGUUUUUCUACAGUUAACAGGCUGUUAAUUGUUGAUACAUAAAAAAUGUCAGCAGCAUAGUAACAAGAUAUUAGCUUGUUAGACAUUUAUCUGGUGAAUAUCACAUGGGACACAUUGUUAGAAAUACUACAGGCUUUGUGUUUAGCCUAGUAUAUUAAUUAUUUUAUAUUAAAAAUCAGAUAAACAGAAAACAAAUUAAAAACGAGAAUCAAUUUACUAUUGAUUAACACGACACAAUCAGAAAUUCUGCCUUUAGUUUUAUUUGUGUUCUGAAUUUCCCAGUGAUUGUAAAAAUUAAAGUCAUCAGUAACUAGUGACUAUGCUACAGCAAUACAGAACAUGUUAUACACUUUAAGUAUUACUUAUUAGCUUUGUACCGUUAUCAGUGAAAAAAAUUCCACUAUAAUAAUUAUAUGCUAUUUAUGAAGAAAAUGACCCAACAGAAUUUAAUUGGUGCUUCAAUCGUUUCCAAGCACAAAUUCUUGCUUCCUCAAUUCUCUCUACACACUACAAUAUAAAGACCAGAAAUAAACUGAGCUGUUGUCAGUGGAAAAUUCACAGGUCGGUCAGUGAGCCACAAAGAGGACGUACUUCUAAAAGUAAAAAUGUUUUUCUUCUAUAUGAUCAUCACAGCUCUGUCUACAGCAGCUCUGACCAAAGGGGCUGUGAAAUGCAAAAUUGAAGUGAAUAAUACUACUCAGCUCUGCAUUGCAAAACUUGAUGAGCCACUGACCUUUCAAAUACUCACUCAUAAGAUAACAACACAUUUGAAAAAGAAUAACAUUACCAUUUUAAGGGUAAACAAUGACAAGGUAGGGAGUAUAAAUGCAGACUAUAGAAGACGCAUUACACAAUUAACAAAUGCAACUAUUACACUUGACGUGGUGAGAACGACAGAUUCUGGAAAUUACCUGCUGGAAACUUUUAACCAUGAAGGUCUAUUAACACACACAACCAACUUUCAUCUAGAAGUACAAGCUCCAGUCUCAAAGCCAAACGUGUCGCAGACGUGUUUGUCACCAGAACAGUCUGUCGUCUGCUGCUCCACUGAGGGAGACGGAGUAGAGUUCAUUUGGAGUUUGGACGACAACAUAUUGAUACACACCAGAGCUGAGAGCACAAAUAAUCCAACAUCCAAGGUUUCCAAUGUCACCAUCAGCUUACACGCCCAGCUCACUGGAAACUUAGCAUGUAUCACUCAGAACGACAUCAGCUCAGAACAAACUGUGAUCCAGCUCAGGAGCUGUAAAGGCCCCAUUUGUCAUCCUCCUUCAGUGACUGUGACUGCUGCUGUGGUAGCCAGCGUAUGCACUUUGCUUCUGCUUUUGGUUCCGUUUCUUUGUAUAAGACACUUACAUAAGACUCCAAGACCUGUGGCUGUUGAAGCUUUUUCAGAUAAUGGUGAAAAUGAAAUAGUCUACUCUGAUGUUAGAGUGAAGCCUGCGAAGGAAAGAAGACCCAACACAAAGUAGCAAAGAAACCUAUUGCUCAUAAUAAAUUUAAUGGCAGAACAUUUGUAAUGGGAUAUGAUUUGAUUGUACUGAACUGUACCAAAUUGUGGCUAGGGUUGACCUCUCAAUAAAAUUUAAA